CUACCGCUCAUAGGGACUUUGGCUUCCUGGUCACCAGGGUGUUAGGAUCUACAAGGUCAUCCGGUCUCAAGGCUCUACAAGGCCAUCCGGUCUCAAGGCUCUACAAGGCUACAUCCGGUCUCAAGGCUUCCAGGGUCAUCCACAUCCACGGAAACAGUAAUUUGAAGGGUAUUGUAUCAUCUUUAGAGAUAGGGCAGUAGGAGUAUAUGCAGGACCACCAGUGCCAAAGCCGAGGGCACCCUGCAUAUGCGAGGCGCAAAGUCGGAAGAGCCCACCAAUGCUCACUCUGUUGCCGAAAAAUUAGGAGGUUAAGAGAUGUUGCGAGGGGAUGACAGGGCAGUGCCGGUUGGAACCAUUAGGGUUCCGCAUGGGAUAAGAGAUGACGGUGACCAGGCCAGGCGAUUCUUGAGAUCACUGCCUAUGACCAUCGAAUUUCUUAUCACCGGAGUAACAUCAGCCAUCAUCGCCACGCGACAACGAUCUUGUAGAUAGGUCACGUGAGACAAGAUCGGUCUCCUCGUUCAUCACUAGGUUCGUAGUAGGGUGCGUCUACGCGAAUGUAACACAGCCCACGUUGCAUUUUCGUAGAUUCUCUAGGUCCGGGUAGGCAAAAUAACUGGAUAGUCGAUUCUCUCUGUUAAUUAUGUAAUACUAAGUCCAGCGCGAUACGCGGGCGUAGUUUUGUUGCCCAGUUCGUUACUUGGACUUCUAAAACUUUCCUUAAAAUUUUACAAUAUGUUCUUUAAAAAGUGAUACGGAAUAAGUAAAGCCGCUGAAAAUGCUAAAUUCAUAUUUCUGAUUUGGAAUGAUUUGAAAAUAAUGAUUUUAUUGUUAUAAUUACAAUUACAAUUUAAAUUUUGGUGCCAUAACACAGAUGUCGCUUCAUAACCAAUAAACCUUGGCAACUAAUCAGAAUCACGUAUUAAAUGCAUUGACAGCAAAUGCUUCAUGAUAUAGGCCAUCACGUAUUUUUUAAGAGGGGAAUGUAAACGCUUGCUGAAGUUAGCCUUUAAACUUGAAGGGAUGUCGUGUCCAAGUAUACUGUUCUUCUAUUACAGAUAAUUUUUUCAACCCAGCGCUCAAUGAUAAAUGUUAGGAUUAAUAAUUUUUUCUACCGAAGUAAAGUUCAAUCGCGCUUUUUCAUUUUCUUUUAGAUUGGGAAUACAAAAUAUUUUGUGGCGGUUUUGCGCAGCUAUAAAGACGACACCCUUAAAAUGAAUUAUAUAUAAGACCGAAAAAUAAAGAAAAUAUCUAAUUCUUUCUGAUUGAUUAUCUGCAUUUAAAUCGAGCCAAGUAACUUGAGACGGUUAAGCGCGGAGAAGCUUCGCGGCGGUGUUUUUAUCGCGAAAUAUUUGCACUUUCUGUCUUACGUGCGUCUAUUACUUUUCCCAACUCAUAAUGCGAUAUUUUUUUAGUAGCUCAUCGUUGUCUACGCUCUCGCGAUGAAAUCAACAGCAAAUCGUCCUAAACGACGAUCACAACGGCGAAAUAGAAAAAUACGGCGUCUUUUUGAUCGUCUUAAGGAGAAUCCUCGGUCGAGCGACGAUUCUCAGAUUGUGCAGGUGCGAAGAAACAGUAAAUUCGUAGUUCCCCAGCCCACAUCUGCUUUACCAUCCCCGGCCGACUUGGGAUUAGUUCUUUCAGGCGAAGAACGUUUGAAAUUCCCAAAAAGUCCGACGCCCGAGUCAGCCGCGCCCAACCGAGAGAAUCCCUCGCGACCGCCAGCCAAGUCGGAGGCAGCCCUCGGUGGAGGUGUACGGAUUCCCACAAAACCAAAACUGUUUGUGCCACCUUUGCGGCCCGUGCUAGCUGAAAAAAGUCCAUUCCAACGACUUUCCAACGACCGUCUGAAAAAGUAAUCAACGACACUCAUUGCAAUUAAUUACGGAAAAAUAAAUCAAUCGGCUCUUUUUAGGGCCAACAAACAAUAACGUAGCAUACGAAACGUCCCUUGUCCUCUGUACAAAUUAAAAAUGGCCGAUUUUUUUGCAUUCGAAUAUGUCAGAUUCGAUUGGAUUUUUUCUUUCCGCGUAUGCAAGUAAAUAUUUUAAUUCAUUACUUAUACUCAUUAUGAAACAGAUAAACGAUGGCCGGAAGAGGCAAGCAAUGGCCAAGAAAUUAUCUAAAUCAGAACCAACAACCUUUCUACGUAGAAAAUGACGACGAUGAUGAUUACGUUGAUGAUGAUGAUGAUUACGAGAAUGAGAAGGUUACUCUCGCAGGGCUGCUAACAGAGAUGAGUGACAUAGAUAAAGAUAUGGAGGUGCUUGUUGAAAAAAAGAAGGCAAUAGUAGAUAAAAUGAAAAGGAUAAUCAGUACUGAAAAAGAUCAAACCAGUUCCCAUCCGCAGACUUUAUAUCGCCCUCCACCAUCAUCAUUCUCCAAUAAUAGUAAAAGAAUAAAGAAUCAAUCUCGCGCUGUACUUCCGUUUACGGCAACAUCAUCUGCUGUGGGUUCAAAUAAUAAUUCGAAUAGGCAGUUACCGCUUCAACAGAGUUAUUCGUAUAACGACGAACAGCGACAUCGUCAAAUGCUUCCCUUUGAGGAUCAAAAACUACAAAAACAACAGCUCCAGCAGCUAAAUUAUUAUCAGCAACUUCAGCAGCAACAAUUAUUAAUGACCAUGACGAUGAACAAUAAUGUCAAAUUAGGGAUGUCAAGUUCCGUCCUUUCUGAGUCCAACCCGUCUACCUUUAUUUCUUCUACACAGCAUCCUCAUGAGCUCCUUCAGCAACAGCAGCAGCAGCAGCAGCUGCAAUCCGAGAAUUUGAUGCGAUAUAUAAAAAAAAGAAGUCAGCAUUAUCCAAUUGAUCAGAUGGAAUCCACAUCCCUAUCGAAUAAUGUGUUGUUAUCGAACAACGAACAAGGGCAAACUAAUAAAGAUAAUACAAUAAGGCCAUUCGAUGAAAAGCGACGACGACAUGAUAUCAGCUUGCAAAAUAAUGAUAGUUUUGUUAACAAGUACAAUUAUAAUUUUGAUGACUUUAACGAUGAUGACGAUAAUUGUGAUGAUAAUGGUCACGAGGCUCAACAAUAUGAUAAUGAAUCAGAUGAAAACAAUGAAGAUGCGAAUAACACUGCUCAGAAGGAUCAAGACGACGCCGCUCAGCCUCAGGCAAAAUCUACUAAAAAACCUACCAAUUUAACGGUUACUCGCCGUAUGUUUACGCGAUCAGAAGUGGAAACACUUAUAAAGAGAACGUUUAAAAACUAUCAAUCAAAAGGCGUCUUUUACUCAGAAGAUUUAAAUUUACCGGAUAAAAGUACUAUGUCGUGUCGAAAGCGCGCCGGAAAAUCAAUCCAAAAAAUGAAUCCUGAUGAAUUAAAAACUUUGUUAAAAUGUACGAUGCCGGAAGCUCAGGAAUUUGCUGACUUUGUUAACAAUAUGAGAUUUGUAUAACUAUAUAAAAAACUGUUAAUUUUU